UCUGCCGGCACUUAGUUGCUCUUGAGGGCUUCAGCUAUCGUCGCCUCCAUCUCCUAGGAUGCUCACCGAAAUUCUCGCUACGAUCUUCCUCGCCACCACCGCCCUCGCCAGCGGCUCGACCGAGUGCACGCGGACGACAUACGUGACGUCGACGACGUCGUACCCGGGCGCGACGACGACGGCGUUUGUGGAUGGGGGUGAGUGCUCAGUAUCACAAUCUUGCGCUGUUGCGCUAUUCAGUCUCAUCCUUGCCUUUCGUCUGACGAUGCUUUGCUUGACCAGUCUACACUACCCAUCCGACCGUCUGGGUAACGAUCACGCCCACCCUGACGCCCGCGCCAGCGGCCACUCAGGCGCUGGAGGCGCGCGGCUCGCCUUGCAGCUCCUACACCACGACCACCUCCACCCGGCUCGAGGACAACCCGGACCCGUCGUGGACGUGGACGAUCACGGAGUGGGCGACAACGGUGACCGGGGAUCCGACGACGGUGUCGACGUGUGCGAUAUAUACCACGCCGGAUGCGUGUGGGUUGUGAGGAGGGGGAGUGGAGAGAGUGGGAAUUAUUUUGCUGCAUACUUCGAAUGGAGUUGUAGAGGAGCGGAUUUGUCGGGUCGAAGUCAUCGUAUACAUUGUGAAAGUACAUUUUUCGUCGUGAUUGACAGAACGAAGUUCUUAUACCGUGUCACCGAUAUGCGCCUUGCAAUGCGGUGCAAUCCCAAGAUACUAUCUGAUGCGGUGCAAUCCCCAGAUAGCCUCAAUUUCCAAGCAUAAAGAUCACCGGCAUAAUGAGCAAUCCCCACCCUAAAGAUGCUUGCAGCCCCACUGCAGCAUCGUUAUCCCCACCGUCUGUCGUGCUCGGCGAAGCGCUUGUGCUAGUGGAGGAGCGGGUGCUGGACCCUCCACUCGAGCGACUCGUCGGGAUCGUAGCCGCGUUGGAAGUUGUCGUCCCGUUCGUAGCUGUCGUAGUCUCUCCGCUGGCCGUCGUCGUGGUCUCCGGCACCGUGCUCGUCACGCUGAUAAAUGUCGACCCAUCGCUUGGCCAUCUGGACGACGUCAGCGAGGCGGGCGGAGACAAGGUGAUGGGCGUGGAAGAUGUGGUCGUGGCGGUCGUGCAGGCGUAGGGGCCGGAGCCGGAACU